AAAGGUUCGGUAACCUCAAUCCAGAAGUUCUAAAGCUUCUAAUUUGUAAUUUUCUAGUGCGCUACCCGGCGAAGCUCGCGAUUCCCAGCCUGAAAAUCGGAGCAUUUUCUUAUUUGCUGUUGGCUAUGGCGGGUCCUUCCUCGGCUCCUUCAGCACCUUCUUCCUCAUCAGGUUCCCAAUUUACGUAUUCAAACGGUUCCUACUUUCCUUUACCGUUCCAUCUCCAGCAGUCUGCUCCAGCAGCGGCUGCCCCCCAGUAUCCCUCUCCCUAUGUCGCCCCUCCAGGUCCUCCGGCAGUUCCCCUCCCCGUCGCAUCUGUUUAUCCGCCUCCUGCUCCGGCUCCUGCUGUCUAUACUCUCCCUCAAUACCAGCAGGCCCAACAAUUGUUUCAAAGGGAUGCUCAAACGAUAACACCGGAAGCUCUUGAGAGUGUUAAAGCUGCCCUUGCAAGUAGUGAGAUCGAGCAUAAAGCAGAAACAAAAAAGAAAGCUAUUCCUCGCAAAGCUGCCGGGCAAUCUUGGGAGGAUCCAACACUUGCUGAGUGGCCUGAAAAUGAUUACCGUCUAUUUUGUGGAGAUCUUGGCAAUGAAGUGAAUGAUGACGUGCUCUCUAAAGCAUUCUCACGAUUUCCUUCAUUUAACAUGGCUAGAGUUGUUAGAGAUAAGCGAACAGGGAAAACCAAGGGCUAUGGAUUUGUUAGCUUCUCCAAUCCUACUGACCUUGCUGGAGCACUUAAAGAAAUGAAUGGUAAGUACGUCGGAAAUAGGCCGAUAAAACUAAGAAAGAGCAAUUGGAAGGAGAGGACAGACUAUGAAGCCCUGGGAAGACACAAGAACCACACACAAAAGAAAUCGAAGCUUCCAAAGAAGAGUAUCUUGCACAAGUAAAGGUCACCUGCAUCCUUGUAUCUCUGUUUACGCCUGGAAUAUAAUCGUCAAUCAAGUGAUCGUACCGUAUGUCUAACCAGUGUUCAGAAAUUUCACGAAGUUAGUAUCUGAUGGAGCUUUCUGUUCUCCGCUGCAACUCUUUUGAAAUUAAGUGAUUGUGCAUUAGAGAGGAGGAUGUUUACUUUGAAGGAAUAGAUCUUGUAGAGUGUUAUGCAUUCUCCAUUUUCUUUGGCAAUUUAAUGAAGGAAUGGGGAAUUAGUUCUGUUUGAAAAUGCAUAGUUAGCAUAAAUGGUUGGACAUUACUCUUGUAACCUGAAGUGGUUGGGUUCAAAUCUCAGGUCAUGUGAAAGUGAAACAAUACAACUAUUCUUGAGCAUUGAGCUGAUAUUGCAACUCUUUUAUACAUAUAUAUACGGUGGAGAAACCUCCAUACUACGCGGGAAAA